AUGCUACCCAGGCGUUUUGAGGAGAGCGUUCCGCAGCUGGGACAGAGCGCACGAGCGGACCAGGCCAUCAGGGCGACGGACGGGGAUGCAUUGAUCAGUCGAAUCUCAGCCGUGAAUGCUGGCUACCUCCAUGACCCCUUCGCUUCACUAAUCGCAAAAGCUCCCUCAUCUUCCACCACCCGUCGGGUUCCCCUAAUCAACGUUGGCACGCAUCAUCGAACAUGGGCUCUGGACAAGCUUGUGGAUUCUUUCUUGGAGUCGGGAGACAAGGACAAGGCGAGGCAGAUCGUCAGUCUGGGUGCAGGAAGCGAUACGAGGUUCUGGAGGUUAAUGUCCCGGACAAAUCGCCCCAACAUCUCGAAAUACGUCGAGAUCGACUUUGACGAUGUGACAUCUAUCAAAGCCCGUCGCAUAUGCAUGAACAAGACUCUCUCCGCCGCCAUCUCUUCGCCCUUGCCGUCAUCCUCGUCAUCCUCUUCUGACGCAGCGAGCUCUAUACCUGCGCAGACCAAACCUCAGGUAUCCCAAGGGGGAUCUCGGUUGGAUACCCCCCUCUACACCCUCUUACCACUGGACUUGCGGAUCAAAAAGGAUCUUCAAGCUCAGGCUCAAGAAAACGGCCCUUUAGACGUACUAUCAACUCUCCUGGAUCCGGAACUCCCCACACUGUUCUUAGCGGAAUGCGUAUAUUGCUAUAUGCAGCCGGAAGAGAGUGGGCGAGUCAUAGAGUGGUUUGCCGCGAAAUUCAAAGGAAAGGGAGGGUGUUUGGGGGUUGUGUACGAGAUGUGUGGGUUGGAUGAUUCUUUCGGGCUUGUGAUGCGUCGGAACCUUCAAGCAAGAGGCAUCCAACUACCAGGAGCGGUAUUCGCAAACCCUCAAGCUCAGGCGGAACGAUUCUUGAAAGCCGGGUUCGAAAAGGCUGAAGGCGUCAGCCUCAGGACGAUCCGACGUGAUUUCGUGCCUCGGGAUGAGCUUGAACGGAUAUCAAAGCUGGAAAUGCUCGACGAGGUGGAGGAGUUGGAGCUGAUGUUGGAUCAUUACUGCAUCGCCUGGGGAUCGGUCGGUCUGGUGGGCGAGACGAUCGGACUGUCGUGA